AUGGUGGACCAUUUUGCCAUCUACGCAAACUUCAUGAUGGCCUGGCUCCCGGCAGCUUCGGCUGAUGACAGUCCCAGCCUAGCUGCAUCUGCGCCAGACGAGUACCAUGUACCCGCAUCUCAUCAUCUUCUUGAACUGCUGAAGUCUCUGGGCAAGGAGCUGAAUGAGGAGAUCCCAGCUCACUUGAUCCUGGUUGGCUUCAGCAAGGGUGCUGCCGUACUCAAUGCCCUGAUGCGGGAUCCGAAGGAGGAGCUGUGGUCGUCAAUCCGCACAGUGCACUUCGUUGAUGCGGGGCUCUCCGUUCCAGGCGUCUUUCCGCUGCGGGGAGAGGAGCUUCAGCAGCUGCGCGCAGUAGUCCGGCCGGACUUCGAAAUUUGGCUCCACUGCACUCCACGCCAAGUCCAGGACGACUCGCGCCCCUUUGUCGCACACGAGCAUGACGCCUUCGAAGCCAAAUGUAAGGCUCUGGGGAUGGCAAUACAGCGGAGGAUGUAUGCAGCUGGGCUUCCCGUGAGUUUGGACAUGCACUUCGACGCGCUUCGCUGCUUUUUGACCACUGGUGGAGAUCAGGACGGAGGUGAUCGACACUGUGGCUUCUUCCGGCACUGGAGGGCCGUCGCCGAGGCUGAGGAUUGA